GUAUUCCUAAAGAAACAGAACACUCUCCGUGCUAUCCGUUCAGUCAGAGACAUGUUUGCAUCAGUUCUAGCCGUGAUCAUCGCAACCCUCUGCGCAAUAUUAUAUUGGAUUCACAAAAUACGCCAUAGAUUCGCGAGCAAGUGGCCCAGCUUGGAACCAUGCUAUCCGCUGAUCGGGAACGCAGCUAUAAUUCUGGGGAAGGACGACAUGGCGAAAUUCAAAUUGAUCGAAAAAGUUUUCACCGACACUGAAACGAUCAAGAAAGUAUGGGCUGGACCGAAGCUUUUCCUGAUCACGAGCCAUCCGGAUGUCAUCCAGAAGAUUCUGACGAGCCCGGUGUGUUUGGAUAAGCCGUUCCUCUAUCGGUUCGCCGGAUACGAGCAAGGUCUUUUCACCGCGCGAUAUCAUGCGUGGAAGGAGGCCCGAAAGCGGCUGGACCCCUGCUUCAAUCAACGGAUUUUAAAUGGUUUUCUUCCAAUUUUUGUGAAAUGUGCCCAGAAGAUGGCGGACGGUUUGAAACAGUAUGCGGAUGGACAAACGGUUAAUAUUCACAAGUUCACGGCUCUCUGUUUCCUGGAGAUGGGCUGUGGAACCACCCUCGGGACCGAUGUGCUCCAGAGAGACGGCAAGGCGGAGUUCGAACAUGGAUUGAACCUAGCCUUCAAAGAAGCUUCGAAAAGGAUGAUCAGCGUGCAUCUCUAUCCUGAUUUCGUGUACCGACUGACUAAGAAUUACCAAGUGCUGACGAAAGCCAGAAAAACAAUUUGCGAUUUUUCCACCAAGUUGGUAGACGAACGAAGAGUGUACCUGAAUAAGUGCAGCUUCAACAACAACAACGAAGAGAGAGGCAACAAGUGGAAAAUAUUGAUUGAUCAACUGUUGAGUGUCUCUCACGAUGGGAAGACAUUCACCGAACAACAAAUAACCGACAAUAUUUAUGCUGUUAUUUCAGGGGCUAUCGACACGACAAGUUUAGUGACGGCCUACGCAUGUAUUUAUCUGGCGUUUUAUCCGGAUAUUCAGGAUCGGCUGUACAGAGAAAUGUCCGAACACCUUCCCAACGACGACUCGGACUCGGACGAAACUCUGUUUACCCCCGAAGCAAUCAAGCAGUUGCGGUACACCGAAAUGUUUCUCAAAGAAGUUCUGCGCCACUGUACGGUUGUGCCCUACAUAGCUCGGCAGAAUAUCGACGAGAUUGAAAUCGACGGUGUCGUGGUGCCCCCGGGGAACACCUUUAUCAUGAGCAUGUACACGCUACAUCGACGGCCCGACGUCUGGGGGCCGAACGCGGGGCGGUUCGAUCCGGAAAACUUUUCCGAGGAGAGAAUGAGGGAUAGGCACCCUUUUUCCUUUAAUCCCUUCAGCGGUGGAAACAGAAUAUGUAUAGGUUGGCGCUACGCAAUGCUGGCCAUAAAGGUGACGAUGGUGCUUCUGGUGAAAAAUUUCACAUUUGAAACGAAGAUCAAACCAGAGGAUAUUCGCUUUAAGCAUGACUUGACGCUGAAGAUGAACUUGGAGCAUUUGGUGCAGAUUAGAAGCAGGAAUGUGGCCUCGUUCGUUCCACGAUCGCUGAUAAUCUCGAUCGGAACUCCACGUCGAGACAUGAUAUUCCAUAAACACAUGAUGCACGAUGCCGUCGUCAAAGGAUCUGAUGAAGCCUAUUGUCCCACCAUGGACAAUAACGUUGAUGCUACAAUACAAGUAGCGGCGAUGUCGCGGAAAAGCGACCACACUGGCGUGGACGAUAGCGUUGAUGCCACAACAAAAGUGGCAGUGAUAUCGCGACAAAGCGACGUCAAUGGCGGUGAUUCGGUGGCAAUGCAGAAGAUUAAACUUCGCGUUGAUCCCACAGUAGAUCUGUUGAGAACCUGUUGUUCCACAAUGGAUAACCGUGUUGAUUAUACUACAACAGUAGCGGUGAAGUCGCGACAAAGCGACAACAAUUGCGGUGAUUCUGCGACAAUGCAUUGUUUGUUUUAUCUCGGUGCCUCCGGUAUGUUUGUGCUGAUAGUGAUCGUUGUGGUGCUGUGUGCUGUUCUAUAUGUGAACCACAGGCAAAAGUACAGAUUCGCCAGGGAUCUGCCAGGAUUGAAACCGCUGUAUCCAAUUCUCGGCAAUGGUGAUAUUAUGCUUUGGAAGACGGAUGUACAACGGUUCGACACAAUGGUGAAGAUUUGUACCGAUCAUGAUCGGCUGGUGAAAGUGUGGGCCGGCCCGAGGUUGCUGCUCUUCACGUGUCAUCCGGAUCUGGUCCAGCAGAUCCUGUCCAGUCCCGAUUGUUUGGAGAAGCCUUUCCUGUACAGCUUCGCGGGAUUCGAGCAAGGAUUAUUUACGGCAAAGUAUAAAACCUGGCGCGUGGCCCGCAAACGACUGAAUCCGUCCUUCAACCAGCGCAUUUUGCAUGGAUUCAUUCCUAUCUUUGCGAAAUGUGCUCGAAACAUGAUCGCGCGAAUGCACAGCAUGUGUCCAGAUGGAGCAACGAUCAACAUUCACAAGUUCACCUCGCUCUGCACCUUAGAGAUGGCUUGUGGCACAACCCUCGGCAGUGAUGUACUGAAGCGCGAAGGCAAGGAGGAGUUCGUUCAUGGGCUAGAUGUUGCAUUCAACGAGGCGGCAAGGAGGAUGGUAAGCGUUCAUCUAUAUCUGGACAUUGUGUAUCGAAUUACCAAACAUUACACCGCAUGUAUGAAGGCGAGGAAGGUUGUUUGCGACUUUUUCCAACGGCUCGUAACAGAGCGGAGGGAAGAGCUGCAAUUGAACGAUAACAACAACGGCAGCAUCGAUAGUGAUUUUCACAAGCCGAAAAUACUGAUUGAUCAACUGUUGAGUGUAGCCGAGGAUGGAAGGACCUUCAGCGAAAAUGAAAUUAAUGACAACAUUUACGCGGUUAUCACAGGCGCAAAUGACACCACUGGUCUGCUGAUAGCCCACGCUUGUUUAUUUUUGUGCUUCCACAAGGACAUUCAGGAGAAAUUGUACGCCGAGGUCAUGGAGCACAUGCCAACGGAUGACGUGGAAAUCGAUUCGAACAGUUUGAAGCAGCUGGUGUAUCUUGAAAUGUUUCUGAAAGAGUGUCUCCGCCACUGUCCGGUGGCACCGAACGUUGCGCGUGAAAAUAUGGCCGAAAUCGAAAUCGAUGGCGUGAAGGUGCCUCCGGGGAAUAUCUUCGUAAUGAAUUUCUACGCGCUGCACCGCCGAAAGGACAUAUGGGGCCCGGAUGCGAAGAAAUUUGACCCGGAGCAGUUCUCCGAGGAGCGAUCCAAAAAUCGUCACCCCUCUGCGUAUCUACCUUUCAGCGGAGGUAACCGGAUUUGUAUUGGUUGGCGCUAUGCUAUGUUCAGCAUGAAAGUGAUGCUGAUUUAUCUGGUCAGAAAUUUUCAGUUCGACACUAAAAUACGACCGGAGGAUGUGCAGUAUAGACACGAUUUGACAAUGAAACUCCCGUUUGACCAUAUGGUUCAAGUUAGAAGAAGGUGUCGUUUUGAGGCCGCUACAGAAGCUGAAAAGUUGUUACGGAAUGAGUAUAGACAUUAAUUAGAAUUCAUCACCUCGUCGGCCAUGGUCACUUCGUCUUUGUAAUGACGGACAGCAUUCACACGAAAAUUCACCAAAAUUGCGAUAAGAAGAAAGUGUCUUUGGCCCUAAAUCGAUCUCACGAUUGCACCUAUCCCGCACUGAGAGUAGUCGUUGUUUUCAAAUUUUUUUUUCGCGCAAAAUUUACCAUAAUCUACCAUGUGAUAUUCAUUUGGCUUUACCCAAAUUGCGUACUUUUUUUAAGCGAUCAUUUGAAUGAAAUUGCUCCUAUUGGACUUAUUGAGGAAUAUUUGUCAUUUAUGUGUAUACGGCCUCGUCUAAAUUCAUUCACUAGUUUGUAAGCAUUCUUAAACACAGUAGUGGAUGUGC